AUGUUCCGUAUGUUGAGUUUGCAAAGGUUAUCACAAAGCAAGCACAAAGUUCUCGCCCAUAAAAGCGGUAUCGUUCGCUUAGACUCCACAGACGGUGUGGUGUUCGCCCCCUUUAGAACAGUUUCGCAUUUAUGUAAUCGAGGGUUGACAAGUGAUCUGCUCGUACCGCGCGGCAAUGAAACGAUUUACAUUAAACGGGUUCACUCGACCACACCUUCGGCUGAGAUUUUAUCGGCUUUAGGCGCAAAGAAAAACAAACGGAAGCGUUCUAAUGCUAGCAAAUUUACCGAACUUCUUGCAGUGAAAGAUGGCGAAACCAAAGAAACGACUGCGACGGUACAGAAGCUUAAGUCCAAAAAGCUCACCAACUUCAUUCACGAUCAGAUUGCAAUCGAAGCUUGCUCAAGCGGUGCGAGCAUUGGAAAUGCUGAUGUACCAUCUCUCGAGAACAAAAAUACUGCAGCACAUCUACCCAAAGAUAUGUCGCAUUGGAAUACCGAGGAAACGCCCGUCAUAUACAUCGGCCGAGACAUGAAGGAGGCGGACAUAUCGCCCGACAUAUUGUCGGAGAUUAUCGAAAACGUGCAAAUGCUUAAGGAAAUAAACCAAAAACGAAUGCUACGCGGCUUUCCGGUGCAGCAUGUUGGACUGGAUCCUAUAUUGGAAGAAGAAGUCGCACUACUGGAAUCAGAAGCGGCACUUCCUGAAGAAACCGAUCUUGCGUUCGAAGAACCGGACCUAACAGCUACCGUGAAUGGUGCGGGGAGCUUCACAAAGGCAAAGCGCAGUACCAAAAAGCACCCUCCGCACGACGGUACGGAUAAGGGAAAAAAGUUUUCCUCAAAGUACUACAAAACAUCCGAGAUCGAGUCCCUCGCCCGGCAGCGCAGCUUCCAAAUGACGUUGAACGCCUACCUGCACAUGUGCAUCUCGACCGCGAUGGUCAAUCGCGCUUAUGCUACAACACUUAACUAUCGCCAUAAGCGUAAACGUCGCGAAUUCAACGUAGGAACUUACAACCUGUUGAUCCAUGCGUAUGCCGGGAAGGGAAAUUUAGCGCGCGUGCGAGAUAUUUUGCAUGUGCUGCGUGAAGAUCGCAUCACUCCAACGGCACAAACGUACGCUGGCAUACUCGAAUGUCUCGGGCGACUGGAACCGUCCGAGGAGGUGCUGAAUCAGGCGCGGGAAUACCUCAACGAGGCCAGUUCGGCAGGGUACGCGAUGAAUGAUGUUCUGAACCAAAGCAUAUUCACGCACGAUCAGCGGGAUGUGGUGCUGGCGCUGUGCCAGCGACUCGUGCCAGGAUACACGCCUGAGUAUAAGGCUCCCGUUCUGACGUAUAAUAAUCAUUUGUUGAACGCACUCAACGAGCAUGUUGUGCCGAUUGGUGCAGAAAUUUCCGCCGAGGAAUCGUGUCCUGGGUCGGAGAUUUUGAUUCCCAAAGCGGGCUUCAACAAGGAGGAACUGAAAGACAUGGUUCAGAAGCAAGUGGAGCUUGAGCUAAGUGGAUAUUUGGAAGUAAAGAGCAUCGAAAAGUUCCCACCGCCAACGGAGCAAGUAAAGCAAUAUCGUAAGGUAGUUGAGGAUCUGAGAAAGGUGUGGGCCAAGCAAAUCACGAUAGCCUUCCACCGUGACUUUAAUACGCUUAAAACGAUCACCGAAACCAAAGCUUCUCGUACGAUCAACCUUUUCCCCUACCUGAAAGCUCUUACGGUGCAACAGUAUACAGAGAUUCUGCUGGACGAGGUGCAGAUGCUGCUCGAAGGAUCGGAUACGUUCAGUUUCGUAAUAUCGCAUCUGCACCGGGAGCUCGGCCGGAAGGUCGAAUCUCGUUACCAUGUGGAGCAGAAGCGCCUGAACGGUGUGCUGGCGAAAACGAACGACAUCUACGAUCGCUACACGUCGGUUCUGGCGGAUGGUCAAUCUAGCGACAAUCCGCGGCAGCUCUGGCAGCGGCUUGUACACGAAUCCCACAGCACGGGUCCAAGUAUGGACGUGCAGAGUGUCGCAUGGCCCAAGGCAGCCGUGACCGGCGUGGGGAAAUUCCUGUACAACAUCAUGAAGUGCGAUUUGAAGAUCAACGUGAACGUGAUGAGCAAAACAAACCGAAAGGUAAAGCUCGUGCCAGCGUUCUACACGCUCUUCCGGUACGAGGCAAAGAUGGCUAAGGAACAAAUCAAACCACACCCGGUGCUGAUGAAGCUGUUUCGCAAAUCACAACCGGAUACGCUCAAAUUCGACGUUAAUCUCGUGCCUAUGCUGUGCCCACCACAACCCUGGAGCUCGCCCCGAAACGGUGGAUACAUUCUAGCGCAGUCGGACUUGAUCCGGUUGCCACAUCAGGCGCAUCAGCAGACGGAACGAAUUGACGAGGCCGACCCACAAGACAUGUACCCGACGUUGGACGCGUUGAACCAACUGGCCAGUAUACCGUGGGUCGUAAAUGGGCAGAUACUCGAUGUGAUUGUGGAGGUGUUCAACAACGGUGGCAACGCGAAGCUGGACGUGCCGGAACCACCGUCUUCACUGCCGCCUGUGCUGGAGCCGGCUCCGAGAAGCGAGAUGAGCGGAUUCGAGAAGUACAAUCUGCUCAGGAAGCGGCUCUACCACCGCCGAAAGCAGGGCGAUAUGUAUAGCCUGUGGUGCGACGCGCUGUACCGACUUUCGUUGGCCAACCACUAUCGGGAUAAGGUGUUUUGGUUGCCGCAAAACAUUGACUUCCGUGGGCGUGUGUACCCAAUCCCGCCGCACCUGAACCACCUCGGCCAUGAUCUCGCACGCUGUUUGCUCGUGUUUCAUCAGAAGAAACCGCUCGGAGCGGACGGGUUCCGAUGGCUAAAGCUGCACUGCAUCAAUCUGACGGGGCUGAAGAAACGAGAAUCUGUCGAAGAGCGAGUGCGAUACGCGGAUGAAAUUAUGGACGACAUUCUAGAUUCAGCGGACCAUCCGUUGACGGGGCGAAUGUGGUGGAGCAGUUCCGACGAACCAUGGCAAACGCUGGCCUGCUGCAUGGAGAUUGCCAAGGUGCAACGGUGUCCCGACCCGGAGAAAUUUGAAAGUGGAUUUCCAAUCCAUCAGGAUGGGUCGUGUAACGGAUUGCAGCACUAUGCCGCGCUGGGCCGUGACACACCCGGUGCAAUCAGCGUUAACCUUUCACCGGCAGAAGUUCCGCAGGACGUAUACAGCGCGGUUGCGGCCCUUGUGGAAGAAAACCGAGCGCGAGAUGCUAGGAACAACAUCAAAGUAGCGGCCGUGCUGGAUGGAUUCAUCCGGCGCAAGGUCAUUAAGCAAACUGUGAUGACGACUGUGUACGGUGUAACGCGAUAUGGCGCCCGGAAGCAAAUCGCCCGUCAGCUCGAGUACAUCGACGAGUUUCCGAAGGACUGGGUGUGGCCGGCGUCGAGCUACCUCACGGUGAAAACGUUCGACGCGCUCAGCGAAAUGUUCACCUCUGCUAAGGAGAUCCAGGACUGGUUCACGGACUGCGCCCGGUUGAUAUCGGCCGUGUGUGCGCAAAACGUGGAAUGGGUCACACCGCUGGGGUUGCCGGUGGUGCAACCGUACAACCGAUCCGAUCGUCCCACUCCCCUCGGUAAAACCGCUCAGCUCCCCGAGCACUUUGCAAUGGACUCGUUCGAGAAGCCCAACAUUAUGAAGCAAAAGAACGCGUUCCCACCUAACUUUGUCCACUCGCUCGACUCCAGCCACAUGAUGCUGACUUCACUGUACUGUGAGCGAGCCGGAUUGACCUUCAUCUCGGUGCACGAUUGCUACUGGACCCAUGCCUGCACCGUCCCUACUAUGAACAAGAUUUGCCGCGAGCAGUUUGUGGCGCUGCAUUCCGAACCGAUACUGGAGGAUUUGUCAAAGUUUUUGGUGCAAAAGUACAGCUACGAUGAGAAUGAAAUCAGCAACGACGGUUCGGUAAUCGAUCUCACUAAGCGCAAGCUGAAUCGUAUACUACACCAGUGCCCCGACAAAGGAGACUUCGACCUGCGCAAAGUGCUCGAAUCGGUUUACUUCUUCAGCUAAAACGCAACCGCGUUAGUACUGCCCCCCUUGCCUCAUCAUCACCUUCAUGCCUUGCAAUGUGCUGUCCAGUGAAUUCAGCUUGAUGAUGGGCUGAUCUAGUCAGUAAGGUCAGCUCGGAUGGAGCGUGCCAUCGUGGUCGCGUUUCGAAAUGUGACCGAAGGAUGUACAGUAUUCCCGGUGUACUUCAAUCCCGUGGGUUCCAAGCUUCCCUUCCCAGAUGUGGUGCCUGCUUAAAGACGAGAAGCAGUCCGGUUCAGUGGAAUGAGUUUAUUUUCAAACUCGAAUCAACCGUUGAGCGGACGAACGGUGGCUUUUCGUUGUGACUAUUGUCAGAUGGAAGUUUGCGAGCGGUUCGUUAUUUUAAUCGUGAUGUAUUUUUUUUCGUUUAGAAAG